AAAUGACUGUACACCUUUUAAUUUAAAAAGUACCAUGAGGCACACACACACUCGCAGGAACUUUUUGGCGUAACAAAACUAGAAUUAGAUCUAAAGCUAACUGUAGGACUGAGUCUAUUCUAAACUGAAAGCCUGGACAUCUGGAGUACCAGGGGGAGAUGACGUGUUACGGACUUUGAUAAAAGCAGCUGGCUUUGAAUGGAAGGAGCCAAGAGGCCAGCACAGGAGCGGAUUCGUCGAGCUCACGGCCAUCGAGCCUAACCUCUCGCAGGUCCGUGAGCCGUUAAGGAGCCUCCCAGUCCAGACCCUUCGCCCCAAGCCCCUCGGGGUCGCCGGGCCUGGUACUCCUUGCCACACGGGAGGGGGGCGGAAGCCGAGGCGGAGGAGGAGCCAACCCGGGGCUGGGCUGAAACCGGCAGAAGAAGACGCUCUAGGGAUUUGUCGCGGACUAGCGAGAUGGCGAGGCUGAUUGGGGAGCGAAGGUACACCCUAAUCUCCCCACAACCUUUGGGGCUAAGCCAGCAAUGGUAGAGGAAAGAUUCUGGACGUCCCUUCCAGGCCGCCACCUCGUCUCCUCCCCCCCUCCCCCCCCCUCCCCCUCCCCCACCCCCGCCUCGGCCGGAGCUGAGAGUAAUUCAUACAAAAGGACUCGCCCCUGCCUUGGGGAAUCCCAGGGACCGUCGUUAAACUCCCACUAACCUAGAACCCAGAGAUCGCUGCGUUCCCGCCCCCUCACCCGCCCGCUCUCGUCAUCACCAAGGUGGAGAAGAGCAUGCGUGAGGCUCCGGUGCCCGUCAGUGGGCAGAGCGCACAUCGCCCACAGUCCCCGAGAAGUUGGGGGGAGGGGUCGGCAAUUGAACCGGUGCCUAGAGAAGGUGGCGCGGGGUAAACUGGGAAAGUGAUGUCGUGUACUGGCUCCGCCCUUUUCCCCGAGGGUGGGGGAGAACCGUAUAUAAGUGCAGUAGUCGCUGUGAACGUUCUUUUUCGCAACGGGUUUGCCGCCAGAACAGAGGUGUCGUGAAAACUACCCCUAAAAGCCAAAAUGGGAAAGGAAAAGACUCAUAUCAACAUUGUCGUCAUUGGACACGUAGAUUCGGGCAAGUCCACCACUACUGGCCAUCUGAUCUACAAAUGCGGUGGCAUCGACAAAAGAACCAUUGAAAAAUUUGAGAAGGAGGCUGCUGAGAUGGGAAAGGGCUCCUUCAAGUAUGCCUGGGUCUUGGAUAAACUGAAAGCUGAGCGGGAACGUGGUAUCACCAUUGAUAUCUCCUUGUGGAAAUUUGAGACCAGCAAGUAUUAUGUGACUAUCAUUGAUGCCCCAGGACACAGAGACUUCAUCAAAAACAUGAUUACAGGGACAUCUCAGGCUGACUGUGCUGUCCUAAUUGUUGCUGCUGGUGUUGGUGAAUUUGAAGCUGGUAUCUCCAAGAAUGGGCAGACCCGAGAGCAUGCUCUUCUGGCUUACACACUGGGUGUGAAACAACUAAUUGUUGGUGUUAACAAAAUGGAUUCCACUGAGCCACCCUACAGCCAGAAGAGAUACGAGGAAAUUGUUAAGGAAGUCAGCACUUACAUUAAGAAAAUUGGCUACAACCCCGACACAGUAGCAUUUGUGCCAAUUUCUGGUUGGAAUGGUGACAACAUGCUGGAGCCAAGUGCUAACAUGCCUUGGUUCAAGGGAUGGAAGGUCACCCGUAAGGAUGGCAAUGCCAGUGGAACCACGCUGCUUGAGGCUCUGGACUGCAUCCUACCACCAACUCGUCCAACUGACAAGCCCUUGCGCCUGCCUCUCCAGGAUGUCUACAAAAUUGGUGGUAUUGGUACUGUUCCUGUUGGCCGAGUGGAGACUGGUGUUCUCAAACCCGGUAUGGUGGUCACCUUUGCUCCAGUCAACGUAACGACUGAAGUAAAAUCUGUCGAAAUGCACCAUGAAGCUUUGAGUGAAGCUCUUCCUGGGGACAACGUGGGCUUUAAUGUCAAGAAUGUGUCUGUCAAGGAUGUUCGUCGUGGCAACGUUGCUGGUGACAGCAAAAACGACCCACCAAUGGAAGCAGCUGGCUUCACUGCUCAGGUGAUUAUCCUGAACCAUCCAGGCCAAAUAAGUGCUGGCUAUGCCCCUGUGUUGGAUUGCCACACGGCUCACAUUGCAUGCAAGUUUGCUGAGCUGAAGGAAAAGAUUGAUCGCCGUUCUGGUAAAAAACUGGAAGAUGGCCCUAAAUUCUUGAAGUCUGGUGAUGCUGCCAUUGUUGAUAUGGUUCCUGGCAAGCCUAUGUGUGUUGAGAGCUUCUCAGACUAUCCACCUUUGGGUCGCUUUGCUGUUCGUGAUAUGAGGCAGACAGUUGCGGUGGGUGUCAUCAAAGCAGUGGACAAGAAGGCUGCUGGAGCUGGCAAGGUCACCAAGUCUGCCCAGAAAGCUCAGAAGGCUAAAUGAAUAUUAUCCCUAAUACCUGCCACCCCACUCUUAAUCAGUGGUGGAAGAACGGUCUCAGAACUGUUUGUUUCAAUUGGCCAUUUAAGUUUAGUAGUAAAAGACUGGUUAAUGAUAACAAUGCAUCGUAAAACCUUCAGAAGGAAAGGAGAAUGUUUUGUGGACCACUUUGGUUUUCUUUUUUGCGUGUGGCAGUUUUAAGUUAUUAGUUUUUAAAAUCAGUACUUUUUAAUGGAAACAACUUGACCAAAAAUUUGUCACAGAAUUUUGAGACCCAUUAAAAAAGUUUAAUGAGAAA